AUGUCUCUGUUACAGAGCCCUUACAGAACGGUUUUGCGGGAUAAUGCUGUGCCAACUAUAUUUGAUCUUACAAGUCACCUGAACAAUCCCCACAGCAGACACAGGAAAAGGAUAAAAGAAUUGAGUGAAGAUGAAAUAAGAACACUGAAGCAACAAAAGAUUGAUGAAGCUUUUGAACGGGAACAGGCAACUCAAGAAUUGAAUGAAAGCAAUGAACAAAAUACUGUCGCGGAGGAAGGAGGGGAAGAGCAAGAGGAGGAAACCGUCCCCUUAACACUGGAAGAAAGAGAAAACAAAGAUUACCUUAAAUCUUUGUUUGAAAUCUUGAUCCUAAUGGGUAAACAAAAUAUUCCUUUGGACGGCCAUAACAUUGAUGAGCUUCCAGAAGGUAUUUUUACUUCAGAUAACUUUCAGGCUCUACUGGAAUACAGAAUAAAUGCUGGAGAUGAAGUUCUGAGGAAACGAUUUGAGAUGACUGCGGUCAAUCUUGAGUAUUGUUCGAAAACGCAGCAGAAACAAAUGCUUGAGAUCUGCGAAAGCUGUAUCAGAGAAGAGACACUGAGGGAAGUAAGAGACUCGCAUUUCUUUUCUAUUGUCACAGAUGAAGUAGUAGACAUAGCAGGAGAGGAACAUUUGCCGGUGUUGGUGAGAUUUGUCGAUGAUUCUCAUAAUCUAAGAGAAGAAUUUGUAGGGUUUUUGCCAUACGAGGCCGAUCCUGAGAUUUUAGCUGUUAAGUUCCACACGACUAUCACUGAGAAGUGGGGUCUGAACAUGGAGUACUGUCGAGGUCAAGCCUACAUCGUCUCCAGUGGGUUUGCUUCUAAAAUGAAAGUUGUGGCUACAAGACUCUUGGAAAAGUACCCACAAGCUGUGUAUACGCUGUGUUCCUCGUGUGCCUUAAACAUUUGGCUGGCAAAAUCCGUUCCUGUCGUUGGGGUUUCCAUCGCGCUGGGAACCAUCGAAGAAGUCUACUGUCUUUUUAACCAGUCCCCGCAAUUGCUGGUAGAACUGGACAACACCAUUUCUCUUCUUUUUCAGAACAACGAGCAGAAGGGCAACCAGCUGAAGGAGAUCUGCCGUUCUCAGUGGACGGGCAGGCACGACGCUUUCGAGGUGUUAGUGGACCUCAUGCAGGCCUUGGUGCUGUGCUUGGAUGCGGUAGGCAACGACUCAUCCGUCAGGUGGAACAACUUCAUUGCUGGUCGAGCAUUUGUACUUUCCAGCGCGUUGACAGACUUUGACUUCAUUGUCACUAUUGUCAUCCUGAAAAACGUUCUGUCUUUCACGAGAGCGUUCGGAAAAAAUCUCCAAGGACAAACCUCAGAUGUCUUCUUCGCUGCCGGCAGCUUAACAGCAGUGUUACAUUCUCUGAACGAAGUGAUGGAGAAUAUUGAAGUUUACCAUGAGUUUUGGUUUGAGGAAGCAACGAAUUUGGCUACGAAACUGGAUGUACAAAUUAAACUCCCAGGAAAAUUUCGCAGGUCGCGACAGGGGAACUUGAACUCUGAGCUAACGUCAGAAAAUUACUACAAAGAAGUCCUUAGUGUCCCCACGGUGGAGCACAUUAUUCAAGAAUUAAAAGAUAUUUUCUCAGAACAACAUUUAAAAGCUCUAAAGUGUUUAUCAUUGGUGCCCUCAGUCAUGGGGCAGCUGAAAUUCAAUACGUCCGAGGAGCAUCAUGCUGACAUGUACAAAAAUGACUUGCCUAAUCCGGACACGCUAUCCGCUGAGCUUCACUGUUGGAGAAUCAAGUGGAAGCACCGAGGAAAAGAUAUUGAACUUCCAGCUACUAUUUAUGAAGCACUUCAUUUGCCUGACAUUAAGUUUUUCCCGAAUGUUUACGCCUUGCUUAAAGUCUUGUGCAUCCUUCCAGUGAUGAAGGUGGAGAACGAAAAAUACGAAAUAGGACGAAAGCGCUUGAAGGCGUACCUGAAAAACACCUUGACAGAGCAAAGGUCGAGCAACCUGGCUUUGCUGAACAUAAACCUUGAUAUAAAACACGACUUAGAUUUAAUGGUGGACACCUACAUUAAACUCUACCCAGAAAAAGUGGAAUUUCAGGAAGACUUUAUUUCCUCAAACAACCCUCGAGUGACAGAAGAGGCUUAAUUUUUUUUUUAAGCUCUACCUAAUCUGUUGAAGCAGAUUUUUCUUAAUUAAGUCUCAACGCUGAGGAAAAAAUGUGAAAUCUUAAAAAUCAUGGCAAUUGUAUUUCCAUUUUAGGUCUCGGACUGGAGAAGCUGUGGUCAGUGACCCAAAUUAUGUUUUGUUAGUCUGCAUUAAAUGUGUUACGCGAACAAAGCCAGGCCUGAAAAUAAGCCCAUGCUCUUGGCAGAGGUGCUUUCUAUAUCUUAAUGAUUGACUUAAUUAGGUGCUCGUUUACUUUAUGGCAUCUUGGAAAAAGGACAUUAUGAUUGUAGAUCUGGUGGGGCUGUUACAUAUUUGCUCAUGAAUUAGGAUAAGAAAAAAAAAAAAGGCAAAAUGUUAAAAAGAGUAUAAUCCAUUUCAGUUCUGUUACUUAGGAUUUUAUUAUUUUUGAAAACUUUAAGGAAAAAGUCUUUGUAUAUUUAAUUGGAGUUUUGGAGAGUGGAUUCAGCUAUUGCACGACCCUCGUGCUGUGGACUGUUCUCGGUGUAAAGUGAAUGUCAGUGGUAUAGAGGUACGUUUACAGUUUCGUUGGAAGAAUCAACCUCUUUAAUCUCUCUGACUGUUUACAUUCCUUUGUGUGAGACACAAACCCUUUUUCUUUUUCUUUAGGCUUUUAACAGGCAUGGCAGGAGUACUGAAGUUCCAAAAAGACACUAAAAUCUUAAAAAUUUUAUUCCACAUACGUAUAAAUCUGUUUGUUCUAUCCUGAUUCUGAUGAUACAAAAUCGUGCAUCUUGUUGUCCGUUUCUUUGUAAACUCACCCAGGAAAGAUUAAAAUAAGAGCUUGUUGUUUGUCUAGAAGUACGAUUGAAAAUAUUGCUGUUAUUUUUUGGCAAGAAUAAGACAUUUUUGUACAGUUUAUUGCGAUUUAAAAUAAAAUGUGAAUUGCUUUUUA